AUGGAGCUCGGGGGUCCACCGCCAACUGCCAGCGCCACCAACAGCACCAGCCUGGCACUCGAGUUUGCCAUUUGUAAAGGCAGCUGGAAUGCUUUACCCAACCUCAACCUCGCACUUCACAACGUCGACUCAUAUACCACGCUUCCCCGCGCCCUCGUGUACCUCUCUGGAGGAGUCGAUGCACCGAUGGCGCCGGGCUCGAUAUGGUCGCGCGUACGAAUACCACCAUCCGGGCUAGCCCGAGCCGUCACUCUGAAUCUGAUGGGCUUCGCGACGUGGAUCCCCGUCAUUGCCUGGUUCAACAUGCACGUCGCAGAGCUGACGUUUGUGGAUGGCUCAUCCAUGUACCCGUUCCUGAACGAGGACAAGGACUCGACUCUACGGCGAGAUUUUUUUCUGAAUUACAAGUGGUCGCCGCAGGAAGGGUUGGAGAGAGGCAUGGUUGUCACAUUGAGGAGUCCGUAUAAUCCGGAGGUGGUUGCCGUCAAGAGGGUGGUUGCGCUUGAAGGAGAUGUGGUCAGGACCAAGAAGCCCUAUCCCAUACCGACGGUCAGGAUACCCCAGGGCCAUGUUUGGGUGGAAGGAGAUGGGCCGGCGGGAUCGAGCCUGGACAGCAAUACGUAUGGACCUGUGUCGAAGCGCUUAUUGACGGGGAGGGUUACGCACAUUGUGUAUCCGUGGAGGAAGUUUGGGCAGGUGAGGUGGUGGGAGCAUGAGAGCAAGCUGGUGGAAUGA